UUUCGGGUUGUCAGGCAGCGGGCGGCGAGGCUGCCGGGGGCCGCGGGACCAGGGGACCAAGGGACCCGCUGGCCGAGGCUAAGUGUCCCUUGUCCGUCCGUCCUUCCGGCCGGCCGUUCCCCGCCAGCAUGAAGGACAGCGCCGACUCCAAAGACCAGCAGCUCCUGGUGGCUCUCCGGGUUCGGCCGAUCAGCGCCUCGGAGCUGGAGGAAGGAGCCACACUCAUCGCCCAUAAAGUGGACGAACAGAUGGUGGUUCUCAUGGACCCAAUGGAAGAUCCAGACGACAUCCUUCGAGCGAACCGUUCCCGUGAAAAAUCCUACCUGUUUGACAUGGCCUUUGACUUUACUGCCACCCAGGAGAUGGUGUACCGGGCAACGACCAAGGGCCUGAUAGAAGGAGUCCUCUGUGGUUACAAUGCCACCGUCUUUGCCUACGGACCCACCGGCUGCGGGAAGACGUACACCAUGCUGGGCACCGACCAGGAGCCUGGCAUCUAUGUCCGCACCCUCAACGACCUCUUCCACGCCAUCGAGGAGACCAGCGACCAUCUGGACUAUGAGGUGUCCAUGUCCUACCUCGAGAUCUACAAUGAGGUGAUCCAGGACCUGCUGAACCCCUCCGCCGGGUACCUGGAUCUGCGUGAGGAUGCCAAAGGUGGCGUCCAGGUGGCCGGGAUCACCGAGGUGUCCACCGUCAACGCCAAGGAGACCAUGCAGCUGCUGCUGAAGGGCAACAAGCAGAGAACCCAAGAGCCCACGGCCGCCAACCAGACGUCAUCGCGCUCCCACGCGGUCCUGCAGGUCACCGUGAAGCGCAAGAGCCGGGGCCAGGGCAUCCUGCACGAGGUGCGCAGGGGCCGCCUCUUCAUGAUCGACCUGGCCGGAUCCGAGAGGGCCUCCCAGACGCAGAACCGCGGCCAGCGGAUGAAGGAGGGAGCCCACAUCAACCGCUCCCUCCUGGCCCUGGGCAACUGCAUCAACGCCCUGAGCGGCCAAGGGGGCAACAAAUACGUCAACUACCGGGACAGCAAGCUGACCCGCCUCCUCAAGGACUCCUUAGGGGGGAACAGCCGCACGGUCAUGAUCGCCCACAUCAGCCCUGCCAGCGGGGCCUUCGAAGAAUCCCGCCACACCCUCACCUAUGCCGGCCGGGCCAAGAACAUCAAGACCAGGGUGAACCAGAACCUGCUGAGCGUCUCCUACCACAUGGCCCAGUACACUGGCCUCGUCGCUGACCUGCGCGCCGAGAUCCAGAGGCUCAAGGGCAAGAUCGACAGCCAGAAUGGACGAGGCCGGGGCCGGCCCGAGCCCGGAGACAUCCGCCAGAUACAAGCUGAGGUCCAGAUGCACAGCAUCCCCUGCGGGCAGCAGGGGCAGGGCCAGAUGCGGGCCCUGCUCCUCGGCGCCCUCCAGGAGCAGAUGGACCUGCGCCGCCGGCUGCUGGACCUCAAGAACCAGGCCCUGGACCUCCAGGUGGACACUUCCCGCCAUCUGCUGACCAUCGCCGACUGGGAGCAGGAGAAGUCACGCCGCACCCUCAAGUGGAAGGAGGAGCUGCGGAAGGAGUCAACCAGCAAGGACGACAGCGAGAAGGACUCGGACACCGGGGACGAGCAGCCGGACAUCCCGGAGCCCCCGGAGGUGGCCGCGGCACGGGAGGCCGUCGCCGCCACGGUGGGAGAGCAGGAGAAGCUCCACAGGCAGAAGGUGGAGCUGGAGCAGGUGACCCGGGAAUGCCGGCAGCGGGCGCGGGGGCUGGAGGAGACCCUGGCCCGGCGCGUGGGCUCGGAGGAGCAGCGGGAGGCCCUCAGCCUGCUGUGCCGCCUGCACGAGCUGGAGGUGGAGAACAUCGAGGCCCAGGGGCACAGCCUGCUCCGCCCCGUCACCCUGGGCCCCCGCGGGGCCGACCCGGCCCGCCUCGACCAGCACCGCCGCCUCUGUGACCGGCUCAUCCGGGGUCAGCGCCGGGUCAUCCACGCAGACCAUAGGCUGAAGGUUCCAGGGCCCCUGGAGGAGCUGUUUGGGGUCUACCUGAAGGAGCAGCAGGAAGACCACAGCCUGGAGCCCAUCGCCGUCCCACACCAAGGGGCAGCCAAGAAUCUGCAGAUCAGCGCCCCGGCCAGGCCGGGCCGGGACACGGGGGAGAACCCCCUGCCCAUCGACUCCAACCAGGAGACCGUCAAGAACCUGCAGCGUCCGCCCCAGCGAACACCCCCCCCGGGCUGGCCGGGGAAGACCCUCCCGCCGCUCUGCCCGGAGGCCGAGAGCGAGGGAACCCGGGUGUUCAAGGCCAGCCCCCGAGCCUGGCAGACCAAGGGCUCGGCGGUGAUGACCCCACCCCCGAUCCGCGUCAACGGCCUGGUGGUCCAGGAGGGGCCUCCCCACGACGCCCCGAGUAACCAAGGCUGCUCCUCCCCCGACAGCAGCGAGACCUCCGAGAUCCCCCGGCCCUGGAAAGAGAGGGAGGAGGUACUGGCGGGCACCAAGAACAUCGCGGUCAAGGCGGCCCGUCAGCGGUCCCGGGCUCUGGGUGAGGGGCGGUGGCGGCCACGGCAGCAACAGCUCUUGGCUCCUCCCCGCCCCCCAACGGAGCGCAGCACGUUGUCCCUGCACUCCCUGAGCGAGGCCGAAGACCCCCCGGGUCCCGGAGCGCCUCCGGCCGGCCGGCGGCCCCCCAGCCCGGCCCUACAACACGCAGCUAGCGAGGACAACCUGUCCAGCAGCCCCGGCGACGGCCCGUCCCGGGCCCCGUGGCUCCGAGGCCAGGGCCCGGGCCACCGGCGGGAGGAGUCGCUGGAGGCCAAGAGGAGGAAGCGGAAGUCCUGGUCCUUCGAGGUCACUGGCCAGGGAGUGCGGCUCUCUCGCCCCAAGAACCAGCCGCCGGGCUCCCAACCCGUGGAAAGCCCCUCGGACCCCAUGCUGCCAGGGGGUGGACAGGCAGCCCCCAGCACCCGAGCCCCGGGCAAGGUCGCCUUGCCCCUGACCAAAGUCCGGCUCCCCCAGAGUCAGGCCACAGGGUCCGGAGAUUUCCCAGCGGCCUCUGUCAGCAGCACCCAGCCAGUCGCCCGCGGCACCCACUUGGCCCACGGGGCGGGAACUUCUGCCCCCAGCAGAGAUGGGCGAUUCCGACACAACCGAUGAGCAUCUUCCCCGGCUGUGGUUCCCCCGGCCCUCCAGAUCUGGAAAGCUGGUCGGGACCCCGGGGAAAAGCGGUAGGAGGUCGGGGGGAGGCACCCCCGGAAGAAACCCCGACCUAAAGAAGCCCUCGCUCUCUUCCCGCUCCUGCAGAGGCUCCGGGGGCCAGAGAGCCUAGGGAAAUGGGGAACGUCACCCUGGAAACCAGCCACUUCCCACCUGGCUGCCCCAGACUGGCCUCUUGGAGCAGGGGGCUGAGUGUGGGGGUCCCGGGGGGCAGGGUUGAGGGAGGAGGAGUUUCCUCCGCCAUCCCCCUUUGUAUGAUACUGAAUUGAACUCAGUGGCCAAAAGUCCUGUCCCUCGUGGCCUUUGUGAGCGGAGCCCGCGCCACUCGGGGGGCAAAGUGGAUGGCCAAGUUGAGAGGGGCGACUUGGUCCCCCUCAGGCACGACACAUGACGUGACGGGAGUCGAUUUGCUCCGUAAAC